GAAAGUCCCAAAUCCAGAACUAAUGGAACCAAGCUUCCAAGGUGCAAUCCAAGUGCAGCGGCCGAGCUGGGCGAUAUGGUACAGGAACAUGGCAGUGGGGAUUCCAGAUGUGAUAAUAGAGCAGAUAAGGGCAUCUCCAACGUUGUCGAUGGGGUGGCACGAAGAAGCACUGAAGAACGCCUGGAAGCAGAUUUUUCCUCUAACACCGACCAGCUCCAGAACAGGGCUCCUAAACUUGGACCAUCCAGCGUGGGGUCUCACUCCCAACCCGUGGUGGAAGUUCAUCACGGAUACUCCUCUGCUGUCUUGGGAGGAAGCGGAGAGAUUGAGCAAAUAUCUAAGGCCAUCAGUGGUGCCCCACUAUGACGAAUCAGGUUGGGUAAUUCAGGAGAGGAAGAUUGUAGACUCCAGGGGGAUGGCUUUAGCUCACAUGGGGAACCAUCCGUCCUUGAAGCUGAUCCAAGUUCUAGCACCCGUGCAGAAGUGCGACCUUCUCAUCUGUUGCAAUGAGGAGAUUCUCGGCAUCCUUCGAUACAUGAUGAUAUGGAAACCGGAAUGGACUACGUCCAAAGACCUGUUGAGGAGUCCGGGUUGGAGCAUGGUAGAUGCAGCUAUGAUGAAUCCUAGCUCAUCGGAAACUCCCCUAAGACAAUUCGUCAAGAUGAAUAUUCUGAUGUGGAAUUGCAGAGGGGCCUUAAAUCCUGAUUUCAAAAGGAGAAUUUUUGAGAUGGCCGUUAAUCAUCAGCCUUCUAUAAUGGUUAUUUCUGAGACUAGAAUUGGAGGUGAAAGGGCGGAGAGGAUCAUAGAGGGUCUUCCAUUUGAUGGGUUCAUAACUACUGAUACCAUAGGGUAUGCUGGCGGUCUAUGGGUUUUAUGGAAGAAAGUUGAUGCGGAGGUGACAAUGCUAGCUUCCACGGAGCAGGAAAUACAUGCUACUGUUAAGAUCCCUCCUACGAAGCUUCCAUCAGGUCAGCGUAAGUCACACAUUCAGAGAAGCGAAUAGAUGUGCGGAUGCCUUGGCAAGAAGAGGGUGUUCUCUCCAGGAAGAUUUUGUAAUUUUUGAUUGUCCGCCAUUUGUAGAAAUUGAAUCCUAUGUAACUACAGAUGCUAAUGGCAUGUAUUAUGGUAGACUUACUACCGCUACUCUGGCCACUGUGGCUCCUUAGUUCUUGUUAAUGUAUUUU